AUGGGUUUAGACGGUUACGUCGGCGAUUUCGAGGCGCAGCAAAGAGCCCGGCGAUUGCAAGAAGAGCGCGACGAGCGCGUGAAAGAGCUCGAAAUGCGAAAAUCAUCGAGCGGCGUUGGUGUCCCCGGGGCGCCUCCUCCCACCGCUGGCGGCUUCAACAACCGCUCUUCCCUGGUUGGUUUUCGAGGCUCCUCGACCGUGGAAGAGGAAAAAGCGUUCGCCAACCAAUCCGUGGGCCUUCUCACCCGAGAAGAGUACGCCGAAAAGCAAGAGAAAGUCAGAGCGACGUUGGACGCAGAACGGAAGAGGAAAGAAGACGUGAAACGAGAAAAACGAGAACGAGAGAAAAAGAAAGAAAAAGAGAGGAAGAAAAAAGAGAAAAAUUUACUCAGUUUUAACGACGACGGAGAAGAGGAGGAAGAGGAAGAGCAAGAGGAAGAGAAGAAGGUAAAGAAGAAGAAAUGCGUGGGGAUGAACCCAGACGCGGACAAAUCUCACGUGCCGAACGCGCAAAACGAGGUGGUGAAAGAGGAGCGCCUGUUGCGCGAACACCUCGCGAGAGAGUUUUUGGAGAAGCGAGAGAAACAGAUGGAGGAGAAUUUGACGGUUACGUUUAGUUACUGGUCCGGAGGAGGUGGGAGGAGGUUUGUGACGGUGAAGCAGAAAGAUACGGUGAGGACUUUUUUGAAAAUUGCGAUGAAGGAUUUAGAGGAUGAGUUUCGCGAGUUGAGUAAAUUAGGCCCGGAGAGCAUGAUGUACGUGAAGGAAGAUUGCAUCAUUCCGCACGAGUUGACGUUUUACGAGCUCAUCUCGAGGAAAGCGAGAGGAAAAUCUGGACCGCUGUUUCGUUUCGACGAUAAGGAAGACGUGAGGGUAGUUGCAGACGCGACGGUUGAGAAGGAAGAUUCCCAUCCGGGAAAGAUUUUCCACCGUUCUUGUGUUUGA